AUGACUUCGAUGAUGGCUGUGACUCUCACGAUCCUCGUGACCUUUCUCUCGGUUCUCUCUUCUGCAUCGUGUGCUCGAAUGGUCGGGGGGAAGGCGGAGAUCCCUGACGUGAGAACAAACAGGGAAGUGCAAGAACUUGGGAGAUUCUCGGUGGAGGAGUACAACCACGGUUUGAAGCUGUGGGGGAACUACAGCGACAAUGAGAGAGAGAAAUUGAACUUUUCAGAAGUGGUGGAGGCGCAGCAACAAGUUGUGUCAGGGGUGAAGUACUAUUUGAUGAUCUCAGCCACUCAUAAAGGGGUUCACAAAAUGUUCUCCUCAGUGGUGGUGGUUAAGCCAUGGCUUCAUUCCAAACAGCUCCUCCACUUUGCACCAGCAUCCACCAGCAACACCAAGCAGUGA